CCGAGUAAAUGUACGACAUCCCCGACUCAACAGAUUGGCUCGGCACGCCCCUCUCCAAGCUCGCCCGCGUAGAAUCCGCCCUACGAUGCCAAGUAUGCAAGGACUUCUUCAGAAGCCCAGUCAUCACCUCCUGUUCACACACGUUCUGCUCCAUAUGCAUACGCCGAUGUCUAAGUUCGGAUGGAAAAUGUCCCGCCUGCAGGACUGCAGAUCAGGAACUUAAGCUGCGAAAGGAUAUGGCGAUGCAGGAGAUGGUGGACUCGUUUAUGUCGGCACGACCUAGCGUGUUGGAGUUCGCGAGAACCGCCACGGUGAGAACAGAUGAACCAGAGGGGGACUUCGAGCUGCCCGCGUCGAAGAAGCGGAAAAUAGAUACCUUUGUAUCGUUGGCUGAGAAGGGUAAGGCGGUUUCGGGCGCGGAGAGGAGAACACGCUUGCAAAGUAGAAGAUUAGAAGAUCAAGAUCUGCAAACGCAGGCGGAAGUCAUCGACGAUACGGAGGAUGAGGACUUUGACCCAGAUGAUGGCCUAGUCGCAUGCCCAAUGUGCCAGCGAAGGAUGAAAAAUGAAGCUGUCUUCCCCCAUUUGGAUAAUUGCCCUGGUCCUUCAGAGCUACCAAAUCCCUCCACAUCAUAUGGACCUUUACGAAACCAUGCUCGCCCUUCUGAACAAUCACAACAAUCCCCUCACACCAAUGCUCCAAAACGCCUCCCGACGUUAAACUACUCACUCCUGAAAGAGACGGUUCUGCGGCGAAAGCUCAAGGAGUUGGGAAUACCUGACUGGGGUUCCAAACCUCUAUUGCAAAAGAGACACACAGAGUGGAUGAAUAUAUGGAACGCGAACUGUGAUUCCAGAGUGCCGAAAUCGAAACGCGAAUUGUUACAGGAACUCGAUAUCUGGGAACGGACACAGGGUGGCCAUGCACCAGCUGCGUCUGGUAUUUCGACGUCUUCUCCAGUAACGCGCAAGGAUUUCGAUGCUUCCGUUUGGACGACAAUGUAUGGUGACGACUUCAAGGUACUCAUUGCCAAUGCUCGCAGGAACAAAGAGCAGGCUCUCCGGGCUGGUAACUCGGGAACGAUUUUGGCAGCAGACCAAUGUGCGGGAAAAGAAGAUGGUGAACAUGAGCAUACUAUAACCCAACCAGAUUUGCCGGACACUCGACACCAGACUCGGAGAGUCGAGAGUGAACCGGAAAAUAAUACAACAAUAGGCGGGGCUGUAAAUGAGAUGAAUGGGGAGGGCAGUAGUGCAGGCAUGGAAACCUGAGAGACUGAGAAUUGUAGAGGACACUGCAGCCUGAUGCAUAUUUCUCCUUUCCAUAUACAAUGGCAUUCUAGCGUUGGCGUUUUGUGGGUAGCGAAUACGCAUCUUCCAUAUAUGG